UCAGCUGUUAAUCUCUUUACUGACUUCAAGAAAAUGUGAUUUAAAUACACUUUAUUACUUCGAUAUCUUUUUCGAAUGACCAAAUAAGUUUAUAUUUAUUGCUCAGAGUUUCAAUUUUAGGCCUCAAGAAUAAUGGCUAACGAUAUCCUAGUCUCUGUCGGUAAAAUGUCUGCUGGUAUAGCUUCAGCAAUCAUCAUUUUAAGAAUCAUGAAUCUCAAAAGUUGGAGAUAUUUCCAGGAGUAUAACCGGCUUCAAGGAAAAACUUUUGUCAUCACUGGUGCCAAUUGUGGAAUCGGUAAAGAAUUGACUCGCCAAAUCGUUACCUCUGGUGGUAAUGUGGUCAUGUUGUGUCGAGAUACUCAAAAGGGUAAAAUUGCCAUGAAAGAAAUCUUGCAAAAACCAACCCCAACCAUGGGUACCGUUACCCUUCGUCGAAUGGACUUAAAUUCAUUUGCUUCAGUUGAAAAUUCGGCUAAAGAAAUUAUCGAAAGUGUUCCUAGAAUAGACUGUCUGAUCAAUAACGCUGGUGUCAUGAUGGCUCCAUUUUCAAUGACCGAAGACGGAUUUGAAAGUCACAUGCAAUCAAAUCAUUUAGGCCACGCUUUAUUAACACAUCUUUUAUUGCCCAAAAUUGCCUCUUUUGGAUCUCCUCAAAAUCCAACUAGAGUUGUUUUUGUCUCAUCAACGCUUUAUAAACGAGGAAACAUUAUUGAAGAUCAUUUCAAGUCAGGAGCUGUAACUCCUGAAAAUUUUGAUCAAAAAUUCGCCUAUUCCAAUAGUAAAUUAGCAUCUUUGUUAUUUGCCCGUGAACUUUCCAAUGAAGUAAAACGUCGAGGACUACCCGUAAUAAUUAAUUCAGCCAGUCCUGGAAUGGUCUACACAAAUCUUGGCAGGCAUUUUAAUAUGAGUUGGUAUCAAAAGUUGUUUUUAUUGCCUUUUUUUGCUGUCUUUGUGCGAGCGCCUGUCGAAGGAGCCCGAAUUAUUCUUUAUGCUGCUGCAUCGGAGAAGUCUCUUCACUCUAAUGGAGCCUUCAUUCAAAGCUAUGAAGAGAAACCAAUUGAACCCAAGUUUGAUUCCGAGAUGUGCAAGAAAGUUUACCAACUGACAAUGGAUGCUAUAAACAAAUCUCAUAGUUGAUUGACAAUAUCUUCUCAAUGAUCUCAUGUGCUCUAAAAUCAAUUAUCAUUGUUCAUUCGUCUUAAGAAGAAGUAGCUGACUUUUAUCACAUGAUCUGAGAUUGACUUCUAGUUGAACUGUAGAUAUAGAACUCCAACAUUGUGUAUCUGAUGCCCUAAUCAAUAAGACUGUGUAAAAAGAAAAGUCUUAUCGCUUCAUAAAUCAUUUUGAUAAAUGUUCAACUAAUUAUUGACAUUAGUACAUAACGAAAAGUGGUUAAAAUUUUAGACACUUGUGCCAAAGGUACAGCAAUUUUAAACACAUUUCUCAUCAAGUUCUCACCAGAAACCAAUAUAACAUGCAAAUUGUGAUUCAAUUGUGUAGCUGAUAAACAAAACAUUGCCAACUCAAUGGUGCAUGGAGACAACACAAAGAAUGAUGUAGAUGAUAAAAAAUGAGGAUGAAUCUAGACGUGAUGAAGAGACACUGAAAAUAAUGGAUUGAAAAAUGUUGUGAAUGUAAUGAAAUUUUAAAAAUGAGACGGUUGCCAAAAAAUUGAAUAAAUAAAUAAAUGAGUUCAUCUAUUAGCUAUCUUA